UCGAAGGGUCCACUUCCCAUGGUUUCGGUUCCACACAAUAUUGAGGGCACUUGAGAUGAAACUUAUUAAAGUGAAUACCGUAAGUCAGACUAGCAUUCGCAUGCUUUUUACUUGAUCCUCAUGACGCUACUUAAGAUCGUCCAGCCUACUCACGAGACACCUCACAAAACCCCUCGCGAGAUUUGGGAUUGCGUUUUCAUACUUCUGCUUGGUAACCAAGCUGCUGUCUGCGGUCCUCUGGCGCUUCAGGAAUAUACAAUCGAGUUGGCAAGCUCCUCUGAAGCGUGUGAUAUAGGCGAGCGACCGAGAACUUCCACUCACUCUAAGUGCCACUCACCAGCGUUCUCUAGAGUAUCCGAGGCAAUAGGAACGAGAUAUAGAGGUAAGAGCACUACGAAUUUGUAUGAACAAAAUGAAGAAUGGAGGUCUGCAUCAGCAGCGUCGCAUUCACCGGUGUUUUUGCGUCCACCUCGUUUAUUCCUAUACACCUUGAAAUCCUUCGCAGUACUAAGUAUGUACGUCGCACGUCGCACGUCGCUUAACACAGCCCAGUACCGGAUCCGAAGGUCUAGCGUACAUUGUGCGUCGCAGCAAGGCUGAAUUAGAAUCCUGACGGAUCGACGUACCCGCAAUAUGGGUACAGGUGCGGCGGCGCGAUAGUCCAAAAAGGGAGUUGUGGAGUUGCGAGUUGCGAGUUACGACAUGUGGCCACAAUGGCAGUGCAUGCAGGUGAGGUGGGUUAUGUAAUAGGCGAUUGUGUUGGUGGAGUUGUAGAGUGCUGAUCGCAGGGCUGUGCGCUAGCCUUGGCACGUUCGCUACACUUACCUGUUUUAGGCAUAUCGCGCGACAGCUUUUUGGAGAGGCCGCCUUUUCUUCAAUUGAGAGGAUCUGCAGAUUUAGUUGUUUCUCCGUU